AUGGCAAGUGUAGCACAACAAGAAUCCACUAGUGUCUCUACACAAUUUCUUUCUGAUAUAAUUGGUAAACCAGUAAAUGUUAAGUUACAUUCUGGUAUGCUUUAUGUAGGUACUUUGGAAUCCAUCGAUGGGUUUAUGAACAUUGCAUUAUCGAGUGCUACAGAACACUACGAGAAUAAAAAUAAUGGAUUAAUUAAUACUUAUAACAGUGAUGUCUUUUUGAGAGGUACUCAAGUCAUGUAUAUAAGUGAGGUAUAA